AUGACAGACACUUUGACACAACUCCACAAAACUCGUAUUGAAAUAGGAUCUCUUCGUCAAGUUUUAGAAAUUAUUUCCCUCAGAACAGAGACAGCACCAAUACCUAUGCAAGUCCCAUUGGCUGUUGAUAGUUUUAAUGAGCCAGUGGCAUUAUUUCCUGUUACAGUUGAACCUACGAAAUUGAAUACUUUUUUAGUUCAAUUGAGUGAUGAAUAUUAUCUAGAAAUGACAGCUAAAGAAGUUGAAAGAAGGUUAAAUGAGAAGAUUAAGAAAUUGGAAACAACGGAACAAACAUUACUUGAUAAAAUCAAAAGUACUACAAAUGAAGCAAAGCAUAAUGUCGAGGGAGAUGUUCGUAAUAUUACAGAGUUUAUAACUGAAGAAGAAUACCAACAAAUGCAACAAAAGAAAAGACCAAUCCAAAAAACUAAAGAAGUUGAUUAUCAAAAAGAACGGGAAUACAUCAAUGAACUUGCAUCUUUAGAACGUGAAUUAGAACGUUCUGGUAAAUUAGAGUAUGUAGAAAAAAUUGGAAAUACUGAAGAAAUUGAAGAAAUCCCUGAAAGUGAAUUUAGUGAAAUGCCUGGUGUCAAAGCAACAAUCGUAGAAAGGAAAAAGGACAAGAGACAACCUCCACAAGAAGAAAAGCCUAAGAAUUCUCCAAUUAAAAGUAAUGGUAUUGUCGAACGGAAAAAGGAAAAGAAAAACCUUUCUCAAGACAGCAACCCCCCUAAAAGAGUCUCUUUAUUCAAACAAAGAAUGGGAAAAUAA